UCUCCACAACCAUCCUCUCUCUCCGGCUCCUGACCUUUGGUUACACAGAAAGGAUGAGCCCAAGGAGGGAGAUUAGUCCUGUUCUAGACAGGCAAUUACAAUUCGCUCUCUUCGUCUCAGAACUCCAUGCAGAUGAUGACAUUGCCUAAGAUUGGCAGACUCACUGCUUAGCAAUUCAAGCCACACUUUCUGAUAGUAACACAGGCUACGGUUUGGGAGCAUAAGAAUUCAGCUCCUGGGGUUGGGGAUUUAGCUCAGUGGUAGAGCGCUUGCCUAGCAAACGAAAGGCCCUGGGUUCGGUCCCCAGCUCCAGAAAAAAAGAAAAGAAAAAAAAAGAAAAAAGAAAAAAAAAAGAAAGAGGAAAAAAAAUAAUUCAGCUCCUACAGAUUCAAUUCAAAAGCAUGUGCUGGGAAUAUCUGCGAUCUAGGCGCCACCCAUGGAACAAAGUGUUUGAAUAGACAAAGGUCCCUGCCCUUACGAAUCCCCCCAAUUUUCUCUUAAGCACAAACCAAUGAUCUUCAAGCAAAACAAUUGAUAAAUAGUUUGCCUUUUACAGAACACAGCUGUAAAAUGAAAACCCCAGACACUCGCUCACUACGUAGUGAGGUGUGAAUGGAGUAGGCUCUGUGUCUGCCCCACACUCUCCCAGACGAAAUGGUAAUACUUAAAUUAAACCGUGAUGUCAGAGGGAGAGAGAGAGAGAGAGAGAGAGAGAUCGCUAGUGUUAGGCCUGAGAUUUGCAGGGACCAGUGAGCCAUUAGAAGACCCCAUAGUCUUAUAAUAAAGUUAUAACCUUACAAAGAACUUUAUUACAUCGUGUAUAAUCCCAUUAGAAUGCCCCCUCCCCUGGCUGAGUGAGUCAGGGAGCAAGAAGUUCUUGGUUACCAAGGAAACAAAGACACAGAGCCAUGGAAUGAUUUAGCUGAAGUCACAACACAGAGUGGAAGCAAGACCUCCAGUCCCUUUCUUCUGAGAGUUUAUUUUUAGCUGUUUAAAAUCACUCACAGUGUCCAAUAUUGUGAAGCGUUAUUGCAAUGCGAUGUUUUCAGCCCCUUUCCUCUCAAAGCUCUGUCCUGGAAUCAUGUUCUCUGGUCACUGCAGGGAGCCCCCUCCUUGGAGACAUGAAGACACCAAGAGAAUCUACCACUUCGUGGAAGGACAGAUAGUUCUCUACACGUGUAUUCAAGGAUACAAGGCUCUACAGAGAGGUCCUGCUAUCAGCAUCUGCAAGACAGUGUGUGGGGAGAUAAGGUGGACGCAUCCCCAGCUCACGUGUGUAGAUGAAAAAGAACACCAUCAAUUUCUGGCUAGUGAAGAAUCUCAAGGAAGCAGAAAUUCUUUCCCAGAGAGUGAGGCUUCCUGUCCCACCCCCAACACAGACUUCUCACAACUCACAGAAGCAACUACAACUAUGGAGACAUUCGUGUUCACAAAGGAGUAUCAGGUAGCAGUGGCCAGCUGCAUCUUCCUGCUCCUCAGCAUCCUCCUCCUGAGUGGGUUCACCUGGCAACAUAGAUGGAGGAAGAGCAGAAGAACCAUCUAGCAAGCUAGAACAGUUGGAGCCCAAGGGAAGAUGAUGGGACUCAUGAAGCUCAAGAAACACCUGAGGGGUCAAACGUGCACUCGACGGGUGCCUGUCUCCUUUUGAUCCCUCGGGUCCUGGAAAGUUAUGAAGUCCCGAGACACAAUGGCACAUCGGGAAAUAGCAACUUCAUCACUAAACCGAACUUUCCAUUGAAGAAUAGGAUCUGACCAUUUCAGUGCAGCAGUUCUAAAGCUUUAACGGGAGGGAGGGCCCAACGGUGCCCUGUGUGUUUUGUUUUGUGUACAUGUGUUGAUGGGAGCUGCGAUGGUGUGGUCACUUUUCGUGGAACACACAAUAUAGAAAAGUUGCUUUAUGUUGACUUCUUUUGGAGAGCCCAGCACUAAUGUAAAUACUCCCUCCUCGUCUUCCUCCUCUUCCUCUUUCUCUUCCUCCUUCCUCCUCCCCUGGGUCCACCCACCUCCACCCAUCCACUUUUCUUCUUCCUUUCUGCUCUCACAAGGUCAUCCUAGGCACAUGUAUGGCUGGCUCCUUUCUCAACCUCUGUUUGCCUAACUGGUUCUUGUGAUUUCAUCACUUACUGAUCAGUUUUUUAAAACUCUGGGCUGACAAUGAGGACUCCAUGUUUUUAGAAGGAAACCCCCUUUCCACUGAAGCUUCGAUUUUGACGUUCUGAAGAACAGACAAGGUGGCAGAACCACUUAGGGAUCACAUCAAGACAAAGUGGGGAAGCUGUGGGGUCUGUGGGGCUUCAAUAUUCAGAAGCCUCUGUCUAGGGUCAGUGCCUGGAGCGGAAGGCUAAACGAAGUCCCAGGACAUGAACUCUGUGAAUCAGGUGCUUUACUGGUAGGCCACGCUAAGAGCUGGUUUCUUUGGGACUGCUGUCCACUGUACUCUCAGGUUGGCCUACACUAAUCUGAUGCUUGCAGGUGAACACACGAGGUGCGGGUAUGGACUUGAAAACACUGAAAAGAAACUAAUGCUUUCAAGUUUACGGAAGGGAGGAAGAAAGAAGCAAACAGAGAAGGUGAUUAUACAGAAGAUUAACUAUAGACUGGAUAUCCCGGGCAUCCUCAGAUAAUGUCCCCUCCAACCGAGUCCCCCAAUCCAGAUCACCAGGAAGCCUUGUGAAAACAGACUGCAGAGCCAGCCCGUCUCUCAGUCAGUAAUAUACAAUUUGGAUUUCUCACAAGUCCUGAGUGGUGUUUCUAUGCUAAUCUCUUGACCACACUUUGUGGGGCACUGGGCUAUCCCUGUGUGCUCUCCUUUCCCACUAGUACCAAAAGCAACUGGUUUUGAUGCCCAGGCUCCCGAGAGCGUUCUUGUCCAAUCUCUUGCGUAAGAUUUCCUUUCAGAUGAGUCAAGUCAGAUGUUCAUGCUUAACAGUAUUUUAGGGGAUUCACAAGAAGCCUAAACCCUCAGUUUUCGUUUCUGAAAAGGCCGGAAAGUGUUAUGAAAAAAAUUUCAAAGGUCAGACAGCCAUUUUGAAUCUUUUAGGUGACCAAGUACGAACCAGACUUCCCCUGUCUAUGUUCUCCCUUUCCGUGUGGGGGCGUGACAGGAAGGAAAGUUAAGCAGAAUCUCAAAAAAAGAAAAAAUAUGUUAAAAUCUUACUAAGGAGCUGUGGGUAGUGGUACACACCUGUAAGCCCAGCAGCACUCAGGAGACUGAGGCAGAAGGAUCGCAGUGAGUCUGAGGUCAGUUUUACUUACCUAGCAAAACCCUGCCUUGCCCCUCACCCUUUCCAUAAAAGCAGUCUUACUUGUAUAAAAUUAAUUUUUACUGUAUAUCUAUCUGGGCACCGUGUGUGUGACUGUUGCUCAGGGAGGCCAGAAGAAUAUGUUGGAUUUCCCUGGACGGGUGGUUAUGAGCUACAUAUAGGUGCUGGGACUUAAACCCCUGUCCUCCAAAAAGGAGCUAGUUAGUGCUCUUAACCCCUGAGCCAUCUCUACAGACCCAUUAAAUUGAAUUUUAUUGCCAUUACUCAUUAUGGGAGAUAGGAUUAUGAUAACAUUUUUUUAAUAUAAUACUAAGAUGUUUAAACUAUUUUACUCUCCUUCACAAGUGUAGAGUGGGAUUUUCUAGAAGCUACAUGCAUGAUAUCAUCAGUCUGGUGUUAACAUAUAAUGGAUUUUAUCUUGCUGUUUAUAAAAGAAUUAAUAAAUAAUAUUUAAGCUUU